AAAGAGAGAGGUGAUGGAGGGAGAGGUAGGCGAAGGAAAGAAAAGGGGGAGAGGUCGGGAUGGGGAGGGGAAGAGGUCGGGAUAGGGGAGAGGUAGGAGAGGGAGGAGAGGUCGGGCUGGGAGACAGGUUGAGACCAUGCCGAAAGGGGUUGGGAUAGGGAAGAGAGAGGCGAUGGAGGGAGGGGUCAGCGAAGGGAGAGGUCGGGAUGGGAGUCAGGAUACGGAAGAGAGAAAGGCGAUAGAGGGAGAGGUAAGCGAAGGAAGCAAAGGGGGGAGAGGUCAGGAUGGGCAGGGGGAGAGGUCGGGAUGGGAGUCGGGAGGAGGGAGCGGGAGGGAGAAGGGAUCUAGCGAGGGGGAGACGUUGGGAUCGGAGUCGGUAUGGAGGAGGAGGGUAGGAAAGAAGGAAAGGGGAGAGGGAGAGGCGAUGGAGGGAGAGGUCGACGAAGGAAGGGAAGGAGGGAGAAGUCGGGAUGGAAGUCGGGAGAGGUCGGGAUGGGAGUUGGGGAUGGAGGGAGAAGUAAGCGAAGGAAGGAAAGGGGGGAGAGGUCGGGAUGGGAGUCGGGAGGAGAAAGGUCGGGAUGGACGGAUAGGGGAGGUCGGAGGUGAUGGAUGGGAAGGGGGAGAGGUCGGGAUGGGAGUUGGGAUAGAGAAGGGCGAAGGAGGGAUAGGGAAGGUCGGCGACGGAAGGGGAGGAGGUAGAGGUCGGGAUGGGAGAUAAGUUGGGACCAUGCCGGGAUAGAGGAGGGGGGAUGGUGGUUGGAAUAGGGGAGAGGGAGAGGUGAUGAAGGGAAAGGUCGGCGAAGGAAGGGAGGUCGGGAUGUCAGUCGGGAUGUCAGUCGGGAUACGGUAGAGAGAGAGAGGUGAUGGAGGGAGAGGUAGGCAAAGGAAAGAGAGGGGGGAGAGGUCGGGAUGGGGAGGGGGAGAGGUCGAGAUGGGAGUCGGGAAGGGGAACGACGUCAGAAAGGAGGAGGAGGGAAGAGGGAUCUCUAGAUGGAGGGGUCGGGAUAGGGGAAGUGGGGAGACGUUGGGAUGGGAAUCG